AUGCGCCUCAAAACAACAACGCUUGCGACACUGCUUGCCGUAGCUCAAGCCCGGUUUGGUCAAGAACAAGUUCCCAUCCCAGCCAUUGCAGCAGUUCAGGCCGGCGCUCCGGGAGUCGCUCAGACCAUUGCUGGCGCGGCUGUAAGCGAUCUACUGGCAGCAACCAAUGCCUGCGACAAGCUCAAACGUGGUGACCAAAUCAUUGCCGAGCUCGGCACCGGAGCUGAGGCCGUUGCUGCAGCUAUCGGCCUUGUCGCUGCGGAGAAGAAUUUCAACCCGUUCGUUCAGUCGAUUCCUACCAUCUGCGAUGAUCCCACUCUGCCAGCUACAGAUGUCCUCCGAGGUAUCACGCCCCUGAUCGACCCGGCGGUGGUUGGUUCAGAUAUCGCAAACGCAUUGUCUGCCAAGACCAAGGUGACUCCGCUGGAUGCCACUGGCAAGAGUGUUGCGGACCUGCUCGCUGAGAAUGGAUUCACUAAUUUUACUGGGCAAUCUGCUGCUGGUGCUACAAGUGCUGCUCCAGCGGCAUCUGGUAGCGCUGGCACCGGUACCUCCAGCACCACUGGGCUUGCCACUUCAGGAGCUGAGCCCUGUGGCGCCGUCGACACAUCCGUUGCAACUUCUACCACUUCUGCCGCUGCCGAGUCAACGACGGCUGCGGCAGCUACAGGAGGCAAUUCUGUUCAGCCUUCGACGAUUAGCGGUGUUGAUUUCGGCCUCUGUGUGCCGACCAUGAAGUUCGAAGGCGGACUCAAUGGUCGGCCCGCCACCGAGUUUACUUUCUUGCCCAUCGACCCGCUGUGUGUGCAAGGGCAGCAGGAGGCAUUGAAUCCAAACAUCAUCACCAAUCGAAUCUGCGAUCAACUUACCAACGUCUGUCAAGCGAAUGACGCUGCGAAGACAUUGUGUCGAAGUGUCCAGGCUCAGAUCCAGGCGCUAGGAACGAGGGACAAGUCGACUGCCGACACUUGGAACACCAAUCUCGGAUUCGCUGGCGCGAUCACGAAUCCAGAUGGUGGCCCUGCCGAGCCGCCCGCGAAGAUGAGGGUGGUCCGGUCUUACCGAGACGCCUGA